UCUGUCAAUUGACGAUUGUUUAGUUUUCUACCGCACGGUCAUCUGCGCUAUCACUGUGCCUGUCCGGAUCCGGAUUGUGUUAUUUAUUUGUCUGUGCAGCAGCAAAAAGUUAUCCAACCCAUCACUUUACAAUGGAUUACGUCGAUAUACAGGCCGUGGAAUCGAAGCUUACCGACGUGACGGUCACACCGAUUCCGAUGAUAAAGAAUGCCCACACUAACCACAGCACCGGCGGCGGCGGCAGCAGCAGCAGCAACUAUGGAGCCAAUCACACGGCCAACAUCACCAUUACCCCACAGGUAAAUCAUCGUAACAGCCACAACAACAGCAACCACCACCACCACAGUAGUGUGUCCGGAGCGGUCAACGAUGGUUCCUCGGGAGCGCUAGCACUAACCGUAGGAUCGAACCAUAGCAACAGCAACAACAACAACGCCAACAGCAGCAGCAGCAGCAGCAACAACAAUAGCAACAAUAGCAGUGCUGCGAAUCUGGUAGCCCCGGUGACCACGUUCAAUCAGUUCCCCAACAAUGCCGGACUGUCCAAGUAUGCUCAGCUUUUGAUGGUGAUCGAGGAGAUGGGACGGGAUCUGCGCCCGACGUACUCGGGCAGUCGCAACUCGGCCGAACGUUUGAAGCGGCUGAUCGUACACGCACGCAUUCUCGUCCGGGAGUGCUUGGUCGAAACGGAACGAUCCGCCAGACAGUAGUUGGUCCGAGCUGCCUUUGGGCAAUGGGGGAGGGAGUCACCGCUAUCUCUCCGUCAUUCAUUCACGUCUAUCUCAUUCUUCAAGUGCAUUCGUUUAGCGCUCCGUUGGCGUUUAGGUCAGGGGACACAGUGGCUACGCUGCUGUUCCAGCGGUUCAUGAUGGGGCGACGUUUAAUAUAUAAUCCAUAGUACAAACAAGCGAUGAGCGCUAAUGUUUCGAUAAUAGCGGAAGCAGGGCACAACCAGGAUGUUUAGUAGGAGCGCGCGCGUGUGUGUGUGCGUAAUCAGUUAACGAUAGAGAAGGAAAGAGAAAGAGAAAAGGAGAGAACGCUGGAGAGCAAGGGAGACGAGAGCAGCCUUAGCAAAUAAGAUUAUAGACUGUGUAUUUACGAUGCGCUCGAAACGCCAGUUUUUGAUGUAGCGAACAAAAUGUAUACCAAAUCCUUCAUUCACCUUCCGACGACAAAACAGCAUGCAGCAUGUAUACAGAUUGUAUGUAGCGAGAGCAAAACGAUCAGUGUGGUACCGUGGGAGAUCUGAUGGAAAAUGCUCUCUUUUUUUUCUACAAGACAUAAACAAGCGUAAUAAAAGACGAUACAAAUGGUGUAGCCUUUAACUAUAUACAAUGGAUUGUAGCCGUAACCAGAGGAUAGGUUCGUAAGGGCAUAAAUAAACGCGUAUUUUAAUGUAAACCAUGUUAA